AGCUGUUUAGAUUAGCUGAUGGUGGGUCAUCUAAAGAGCUACAUGCUAACGCAGCAGCUAAAAACAAAGCAGCCUAAGCUGCUUAAUCCUGGACGUUUAGUUUCAGGUGCUGUUAUCACCAUGGUAACAUUAAAGAUUUAAUUAUCUGUGUGGAGCAGGGUUAUUAAUUUCCCUCUGACGUUGGUUUGAACUAAUAAUAACACUUGAAGCUGGUCAGACUGGUGACACUGGUCAAUCCUCCCUGUGACACAGGACCGUUGAUGGACGGGCUGCUGACGCCAUGAUUUAACGCUCCUCUGCUGACAAACAGCACCAGCUAUGUCUGUCAACUCCCUCCUGCGAUGCACCAUCAGAUGGGAUGGAAGUAUAAACGGUUAACCUCUGUAUCUCCGUCUGUGCAGGCUGAAGAGGAAACAUGUGGCCACACAUCUGGCCCAGCUCAGAGCUCUGUCAGGGGCAGAUGCAGUCAAUGCUCUCAGACCUUUUUAUUUUGCUGUCCAUCCUGACUUCUUCUGUCAGUAUCCCAGAGAGCGGGAAGUGAAUGAGAACUCAUUAAAGAGGCUAAAUGGCUACCUGGAGAACCUGCAGAAGCCUGGGUCAGUCUCAGUUCAGCCAAUGAAGCUCACCUUUUAUGUCAGGGACACAAAAGACAGCAGUGACCUGCAGCCAGACCUCCUCACCUCAGUCCUGCAGCCUGCCUGUGGAGCACAUGAAGGGACUGAAAGCAAGAGCAGAGACAGCUAAAAGUCCACCUGAGGCGGGGGUGCCUUUCUACAGACCCAUCAAAUGGGAUAAGAGCUACUAUACCUUCACUGGCUUCAGGGACCCUGAGCAGGAGCUGCAGCAGGCCAGGAGGGUGGAGCCUACACUCAGUUUGUGGCUGAGAAACAACGAGCCUGAGGCGACAAAGAACCACAGUGCUAGUCUUCCUCGGAGAGAGGAGCUGAACAGACUGAAGAAGGAGCUGUGUCACAGAUUUGAUCUGGCUGAUAUCAGGUGGCAGCGCAGUUGGGGAGUCGCCCACAGGUGCUGUCAGCUACAGAGUCUGAGCCGACUGUCCCAGCAGAACCCUGAGGCCCUGAUCAACCUGCAAGGACACACCGUGGUGUUUGCUGACCAGUCAGGGAUGAACGCCUCUGGACAUGUGAUGUUGGGAACCAUGGAUGUUCAUCACCAGUGGACCAAACUGUUUCAACAGCUGCCCAGCUAUCGCAGCCUGCAGCAGCAGACAGACUGGCUGAAGGAGAGGAUCAGCCUCCUCCUGGGUGGCACUCAGGUGGUCCACUUGGAGAGGCUGGGACCAGUUCAGCCCAUCGCCGAGCACUACAGCACCCUCAGCAUCUUCCACAAGAACCUGAUGUCCCGACGGCUGCGGCUGCACCCCAGGAGUCUGCAGGGGCUCACCAUGCUGCUGGAGAAUGACCGUUCCAACCCCAGUCUUCAUGAGAUGGGGCACUUCAUCAUCCCCACCAACUGUGACCCCCCCAAGCUACAGGUCUUCCUCCAGAGCCACGCCCCCGAGGCCAGAGAGCGCACCCAACGCAGAAACCAGCUGCAGGCGGAGGAGGAGGCUGUGGUGAAGCAGUGUCUCCAGAGUCUGUCUCUGAGGAGUCUGUCCAAGGAGCCCAGUGUCAGCUCCAGUCAGAUGAUCCUGUGCUGUAAGAGGCUGGUGGAGCAGCGCUCUCCCCUCAUGCAGGGCCUCCACGUCUGCAUCUCUCACUUCUACUCAGUCAUGCAGGACGGGGACCUGUGUCUCCCUUGGGACUGGAAGAGCUGAGCUGGAGAGACCCGGUCUCAGCUGCAGGAUUUGACUCAGUCCAGUAUUUUUAGCAGUGUAAUGUUGAGACAGCAGGUAAACUGUUUAUUAGAUGUCUGCAGGUCACAGCAGAGUCACACCUGUCACUUCUCAAGGGAAACCUUUGUUAGGCGGUUCAUUCAAACUGACCAGUGUGGGCUCAUCCAAUCAGAAGCACUUUAUCCUCCCGCUGGAAAAGCCAAAUAGAAGCGACCGCAAGCUAAACAGGUGGGAACCAGAGACAGAGGUGCAAUAUGACUGAAUCUGUUUUCAGACAGGGGCUGACGCAUUGUUUGACAAAGUCAGUAUUUAUUGUUGCUGUGUGACGUGUACUGAGGAAGAUUUAAUAAUGGUUCUGUUAAAGGUUCAGUCUGUGAAAUAAAUGAAAUACUAAAGCACCACAUUCAGCCCCUGGGUCAGAACUGGUCAUCACUCUGACUGACACAGGAAGAAGGUUCAGUUUGCUUCAAAUGAACUGAUGUGUAGAGGAGAAAACACACCUGACCAACCGCCAAUCUGACCAAAAGCAAACUGAUCCCCUUCAGGUCAGUAUCGCUGCUGUAGGAGAAUCCAAUUCAGGUUUUUAUAGAGCUCAGACUAUACAUGUCAAUAUAACUAAUUUAUAUGAAACUGACUGAGGGGGGGCCUCAUCACUUCAACAUUAACUAACCUUAUACAGUGUCACGGUCUAAGGUGGAUCCAGCACCUGAAACCUUUUUGUGUCACAGAGACUAACCAGGACUGGUCUUUAGAAACACUUCCUGUUAACACACACACACACAGGGAGGUGGAGUUCUCCUGUGAUCCCGACUGUGUCUGACAUCACUCCAUUAUUCACUGCUCCCUGUUAGAACAGACUCAGUAGUGAGAAGUAAAUUGAGAUUUCAACAUCAUCAUCACCGACGACUGUACAGCUACAGCUGUACGUUUAACAUCUAUAAAUCGGGGGUCAUCGUGUCCAUGACAUGGAGACAGAGGGUAGAGAGCAGUGACGGAGAGAUUUCAGACACAGCCUCACAUCUGAACUUUGUAAUGAUCCCACUGAUGUGAAACACUGAUUCUUCUCUAAUAAAAAAGUUCAUUUCA